AUGUGCCAAAGAUUGUCUGAGGCAGACCGCACAACAACACCAACUGCUUUUGCUAUUACUAAUAUAACUGCUGCUGCCGCUACUACUACUACUACUACUACUACUACAACCACUACUACUGCUACUACUAGUACUGCUGCUGUUACUACUAUUGCUGCUGUGGCUAUUACUACUACUACUGCUGCUACUGUUACUACUGCCAUCAACACUGCUGCUACUGCUGCUACUACAGCUACUGCUACCACUACUACUACUACUACGGCUACUGCUACUACUACUACUAUUACAACUAUUACUACUACCACUACUACUAUUGCUGCUGCUGCUGCUACUACUACUAUUACUACGACACCGACGGCUGCUAUCAAUGUUGCUGCCGUCGCCGUCACUGCCCCUGGUACCGCAACUGUUGCCGCUAUUACUACUUUCGCUUCUGCCAACACUAUUGUUAAUACUAUAACGACAACAGUUAAUUUCACAGUGGAACAGGGCAUAUGA